AUGACGUAUCUACAUCGACCACAAGCCCCCCCUUACAUAGAAACAGACCAAACGGUCCUAGCAGAUGAUGACAAUAGCUUCGACGCCUCUCAUAACCUUCCUGAAUAUACAUCUACGACCACAUGUGAGAUUACAACCAAUCCUCAAAGAUCCAUUUACGAUGAGGUGUUACGUGUUUCAAUUGACACCGAAGUCGUAGCAUCGAGGCGAAACAUUUUCGAUGUUGGCGACGUGUUGACUGGGUCAGUUACUGUUGCCCCUAUCAAAAACAUGGAGUUCUAUCUUCUUUUGGUGGACUUGGUAGGUACAGAAAUGUCAAUCCGUGGUAAAGGAUAUGCAGAAACUCGGUAUACCCGUGUUUUUUCUUUAGCCCGAUAUACUUUGUCUCAGCGGACAUUCUCUGGAGUCAUGGAACAGGGGUCAAAAUACAAAUUCACAUAUUCUAUGAUUAUUCCUGACAAAAUACCUCACGAGCGUUGUGUCUGUGGUAAUAACCAACAUAGCCAAGUACCCCCUUCAAUUGGUCGUCCUUUCGAGCUUACCACACCAUGUGGUGGCGAGCAUCUUGUCUCUGAGCAAUUCGGCAGAAUCUUAUACCAAGUACGUGCUAAAUUAGUCAAGCCUGAAACCCUCUGGAAAAGCUCCGCUCCAGAAUUUUGGUCUGAAGGCCGUAAGUAUCUUGUGAUCAGACCCAGCUACCCACCUCCCAUGCUUGAGCAAUUAUGCGACGUUAAUGGUAAACCGCUGCGCCUGCCUGUAUAUAUGUCCUCCAAGUCUUUAAAGAAAGGUCUCGUUCGAAAAACAGAUAUCGGUAAGAUUGAACUCCGAACAUCAGAAGCUCUCGACGUAUAUCUAGGCGUCCCCCAUACAAACGUCCUGAAUCUGGAGGUGUUAUACACACCUUCGCCAAAUCUUUCAGGGGUUUUUCCGCCGCCUGUUGAGAUUGAGAAUGUCUCAUAUCAAGUGGAUUCUCUGGCAUUCUCUUCUACUCAGUCUAUGGUCACGUACCCGUCCCAUGAAAGUGUAAUAAUGAAGACCGACCCGUGCACAAUUCUGUCGAAACAUACUCUCCUUCGUCAGAAGCUUACAAUUUCCAAGCCAGCUUGGACUGUCAGUACCCCAAAAGACCCCUCUGAACCAAGGAGUUACUUGACAAAACUAACGUUGCCGUUUACGUUUCCUGUUUACCACAGCAGGGUGGUUGACACAUAUUUUUCUUGCUUGACCUCACGCCAAUACGAGUUAAUAGUUUCCGUUGGCUUUGGUCACUCAAUAGGUAGUCAUCGUCUUACUGUUCCUGUACUGGUUUCCAGUGCCAAGGAUGUGACUCUUUCUGUUGCUCCUUCUUUCAGCAGCAUCGACACCACGUCUAAUUUAUCUACAUACACCGAUCUUUCAAUUCCGUCUUACCAGGAAACUUUCGACACGGUAGACAGCUCUUGA